GCAAGUCUAGAAAGAUAUCAAAAGUCUUCAAUCUUCUGCAAGAUGAAGCCUCAAAAAUCAUCAGUAGUCUAUCUGAUAGCAGCCCUUGGGUUUGCUGGUCUGGUGGUGCCAAAUCAUGGAGCAGCCUUAACCUCGCCUGCAAAACCUGGCGAGCACAAAUGCACCUCCGACGAAUGCAUUGUAGAACGUUUGGACACGGCGACGCACGUGAUGAAGUUCAGGGACUCAAACGUCAACCCAUGUGAUAAUAUGUACCGCUUCGUUUGCGGCAAAUACGACGGAACGGACGUAUCACAUACUCCGUCGGCUGAAAUACAAAUGAGAAACGCCAUAAUGAACAGCUUCAUCGGAGUCGUCGACGCGCUGACCAGCGACUUCAGGCCCUUCAAGAUGAUUGAAGAACUCCACGAUAUCUGCACAGAUGACAAUGCUCGCAACCAAGACAGCGUUAAUCUGAUGAAAGGAGUCAUAAUGCAUAUGGGAGGAUGGCCAUUGGUGGACGGCGACAAGUGGAAGGAAGCUGACUUCGACUGGAUGAACUUCAGCGGAGAGUCUAAGAAGAGCGGGUACCCUAUUAACUAUUUUGUUGAUUUUGAACCCCUGCUAGAUGUCGAAGAAGACGGGGAAAAGAUCAUGGUCUUCAAAGCGCAUCCCUCUCCCCAAUUCUUCAAGUACGCAGCAGAAAUGAUGAAAACUCCCGAACCUUACAAAGAAUACAUUAUGACCAUCGCCAAACUUUUGGGAGCAACUGGAGACAUCAGCAAAGACGUCGACGAUCUCAUUGAAUUCCAGAAGAAGGUGCAAGCAAUCGACGCGGAUCAUGACGACAAAACCGAUAAGAAAAUGAGCAUUGCAGACCUUCAAAUAGAGUUCCCAGGCAUCGACUGGAACACCUGGGCCAGCAAGACGUUAAUACCCUUCAUGGACAAAGGUGACGAGCCAGUAAUAACAAUCUGGAACAGAGAAGCGAUGAAAGCGUUCAUCAAAUUGAUGGCAGAGACUCCCAAGCGCGUCCAAGCUAACUACGCCAUCUGGAGAAUGGUCCAGAAAUCGGUUUCAUUCCUGACCCCUGAGUUCCGCAAAGAGCAGGAUAAGUUCUGGGAGACAAUUGGCUAUCAAGAAGUUAGCGAAGAAACUUUCUGUGAUGACACUGCCAAGUUCUACAUGGAGGAAGCUAUGAAGUACUUCUUCAUUGACCAGUUUAAGAAUUCCGCUGAGUCGAUGCAGAACUUGGUCCAGGAUAUGAAGGACUCGAUGGUCGCUAUGAUGAAGGACUGCAAGCAUCUUGAUGCUGAGGACAAGGAGAAGGGCUCGAAGGUUGUUAGUGAGAUGCCAGUGACGUUGGGUUCUUCCACUAGGUUCAGCGAUCCAAAGGAACUGGAAGCUUUCUAUGCUGAGUCGGAAUUCCACAAGAACAAUUUCCUCCAGACGCUUUUGAACUUGAACAUGUUCAGGAUUGAGAUUGACUACAGCAAGAAGCUCCAGAAGGACUUGAACUUUGUGAAUGACCAGCCUGAAGGCUUGGAGACUCCAAGGAACAUUCAUGACCAUUUGUUCAUUCCUCCAGAAAUUCUGGACAGUCCGAUGUUCGACAACAACCGACCAAUGUACAUGAAUUACGGAGCCGCUGGACCCAACAUAGGUCGAGAACUGUUCGUAUCCGUGUACCAACACACUAAGUUGAAGGAUGAAGACAAGCAGUCAACUCUCAUGAAGCAGAUAAAGUGCUUCGAAAAUAUGUUUGGCAACUUUACAAACACGGACGUUAAAGAAGAUAUGGACUUGGGCACCAUGUCAACGAUGAUGGGUCAGUUCAUAGGCCUCCGGUCAGCCUACAAAGCCUACAAGGAUUACGAAGCCAAGAACGGCGCUGAAGCACCUCUUCCUGAAGUUCCUCACACUCCUGAACAAUUAUUCUGGAUGGCGUACGUCGGACAAUUCUGCAAAGCUAAUGUUGACGUAGAAAAGGAAGAUGAUAUUGAAGGCAUUGAGAUGAAGAUGAUGGAGUUUAUUAUGCAGAAAAUGUUGGCUCAGAUUCCGGAAGUCGCUCAAGAUUUCUCGUGUCCUGCUGGGUCGAAGUUAAACCCUGAAACUAAAUGCGAAUGGUGGUAA